AUGCAUGUUGUCGCCGACAUAACACACUCGAACUGCGGGGAGGACGCGAAUCAAGGCACCAGCACGGCAGUUCUGAAGAGUGACCUGCAGCUUGAUGUGCUCAAGAUUUCCCCUUCGUCCAUGAGCAAUAAAACGCGAGAUUUCAAUUCAAAGCUACAACAACUGGAAGCAAAGUGUCCCAAAUGGUAUCAUAUUGGCGCAGCCGAGUAUCGCUGGUUGCGCAAAGCAGGCUGCACGCCUCUGCCAGGUGCUGCCCUUGUGCCUUCGGCCAGCACCAUUAGUGUUCCAUCUCGAGACGCGGAUCGAUCGAUCCAGUGUCGAGUCCUCCGGCCCAAGGAUACGAGUACCCAGCCUAGAGGGAUCUUCCUCCAUAUCCAUGGUGGGGGCUGGGUCCUGAAUGAUGAAGAAUCCUCGGACUCAUACCUUGAGACCAUCGCCAAUACGUGUCAGCUCAUAUGCUGCUCAGUCGGGUACAGACUGGCACCCGAGCACCCGUACCCGGCAGGUCCAGACGACUGUUUGGAUGUCGCACAGUGGCUUAUCAACCACGGUCCGGAAAGAUACGGCACCGAGCUCGCUUUCGUUGGGGGAGAGAGUGCCGGCGCCAAUCUGGCCAUGUUGACUGCUCUAUCACUACUCCAAUCUCCCGUCGAAUCAUACGCGAACUUCCGGCUGAAGGGUUUGUUGCUCCAUUACGGCGUGUACGCGCUGAAUUGGCAACCGGGUACCAUGCACUUUCAAAAGGAUCCAGUGCUAAUACUUGACAAAGAGUCUUUAACCAAGUUUCGGGGUGCAUACCUACCCGAUGGGACAGCUGAGGACUUUGUCUCUCCGAGUAUCUCUCCAUUUUACGCAGACUUAAAAGCUCUUCCGCUACCUCCGAUGCUUACUACCUGCGGCACGGAAGAUUGCCUCUUGGAAGACUCUGCCUUUAUGACCACCAGAUGGGUCCUUGCCGGGGGAGAAGCAUGUCUCAAGUUGUUUCCCGGCAGUCCUCACGGAUUCAUCAUGUUCGACCCGGAAAUGCAUGAGAAUGCUGGAUCGGCGUUGAGAGACGUCGCCACAUUCGUCGACUCGAGGUACUGA